GUUCAGCUGAGAGCGGGGGAUUUCCGGUCUGCGGACAGUCGGUAGUGAAGGUAACUCGCUAGCUUUUGUAACAACUUUAAGGUUUAGAUCUAGCUGGAGCACGUGGGGUGCAGCCAUGCCGGGCCUAAAGCUGAUAUCUGCGACCGACACGCAGUACUCGGCAGCUAUCCUGAAGUCCCUGAACGAGCAGCGGAACAAUGGCUUGUUUUGCGACAUCACCAUCAUCAUACAGGACAAGAAAUUCAGGGCGCACAAAACGAUCCUGUCCGCCUCGAGCACGUACUUCCACCAGCUGUUCUCCGUCACCGGACAAGUGGUCGAGCUCAACUUCAUCAAGCCGGAAAUCUUCGAGCACAUCCUCAACUACAUCUACAGCUCCAAGAUCGUGCGGGUCCGCUCCGACAUGCUCGAGGACCUCAUAAAGGCCGGGAAGAUACUGGGCGUCAAGUUCAUCGCUAACUUGCACUCGCCGCUGUCCCAAGUCAAGGGUCUGCUGGAUCUGUCACAGGAGGCGGAAAACAAAGACGCCUCCUCCGAGAUCAUGCCCGUCAUCACGGAGUCCUUCUCCAUUUCCGCCGAGGAGUUCAAUCAGACUAAGACCUGCAACGAGGACGACUCGGACGACGUCGUGUUUGUCUCAAGCACCGAGUCUCAAAGCAGAGCGGCGGCUCGGGCAGCCGACCCGUCUGAGAUCAUCGAUUUGGACAACGUGGAGUCGGAGGGCGGCGAGCCGAAGCCGAGCGAGGAGUCGGGUGGCGUCGCCGCACACGGAGAGAACGCAGCGGCGGCCGUCCCGAGAGCCAACGGCUCCAAGAGCCCCAGCGCCGGCGGAGCGGCGAACAGUCCUCUACACACGCCGGACAGCGCCGCCAGCAAAACCCCCGCCGCGUCGGGCAGCGCCACCCCGGAGCCCGCCGCCGCUUCCCAGCCGUCCGAAAACAGCGAGAAGUUGGUAGUCCACAAGAAGCAGGUCGCCGUUUCAUCCCAGCACGGCGACUCCAAGAUAAGGCUCCUGGAUUUUUCCGAGAACUCGGGUCUCUCGGCCAACAACCCCACGGAAACCAUCGAGGCAACGGAGACGGUGACCAUCGACACGGGCGCGCGCAUCGGUUCCCUUUCAUCGGACUGUAAGGUGUACGCCAACAUCGGGGAGGACACCUACGACAUCGUCCAAAUGAAAGAGGAUCCCGGGGAGGGAGGCUCCAAGCCCGGCAAGGGGAAACGGGCGUUCAUGGCGACGCCCACGAAAAGCUUUAACGAAUCGCCGGUGUCGCCGACGCUCGGCCCGAACAAGAAGAAGAGUAAAACGGAGCUCGAGGAUCACUACGAGCUGAUCAUGGAUGGUAAGACUUUCUACGUAUGUGCCGUAUGUAAGCGCCCGUAUGUGUGCAUCACGAGCCUGCGCCGCCACUUCAACACCCACUCGUGGGAGAAGAAGUACCCAUGUCGCUUCUGCAACAAGGUCUUCCCCCUGGCCGAGUACAGAACUAAACAUGAGGUCACCCACACAGGCGAGCGGCGCUACCAGUGUCUGUUGUGUAACGAAAUGUUCGUGAAUUACCAGGUGCUCUGCUACCACUGCAAGCAGGUCCACAACCAGGACGCCAGCGGGAAGAAGGAGAAGGACGACGGCAGCAGCAACCUGUACCGCCUGCUGCCGACUAGGACGUCCAAGAAGAAGUCGUGGGUGACCGACCUGCCGGACUCGCCCCGCGUGUCCGAGGACGGCAGCAUGCAGGAAAUGAACUCGGACGACGCGGAGCACGGCGCCCAGGGCGGGGUGUUGAGCUGGGACGACAUUUUCAACGAGCCCGGCGCUCGCAUGCAGCCGGACUCGCACUCGCACACGCAGCCGCUCUCAGAGAUGAGCGCCUCUCCACAGGGAGCCACGGAGUUUGAGUAUAUCACACCGGAGACCUACUGAGAGACGACCUGUCCCCGAUUACCCUGUGCCUUCCUGCUUAUUCUUCCAUUUUUAGUCCUCAGAUUCCUGUCAUCUAAGGGGAUUAAAAUCUGAACCCACUGCAAAACAGGCCUGUAAAGGAAAGCCUAAACGUUUGUAAUUUCUCUGCUACUGAAAGUUUAAGGAAGUCAUGGUAAAAAAAAAAAAAA